AUGGCAAACCUGAAUUUCAACCAAUACAAACACCUCUUCGCCGCCGCCCCAGCCUACCAGCACGAGGACUACCCCCCCCACCUCCCCUCCCCCCCCCGCGACGACGACGACGACGACGACGACGACGCCAUGUCCCACGGUCACCAAGACGACCAGCCCAGCCGAUUGCUCGCUGAUUCGCUGUCCUGUGCCGACGUGCGAGGUGCGGUCGACGCUGAACGUGCCGUGCGGAUGUACCACGAAGACGCUGCUGUACGUUCAGGGGUGUGCCACGACGUGUUCUGA